AUGUGGGAUGUCAUGUCACGAUCUGAUAAUUGGUAUAGGCCUACUACUCGAAAUCGGACAUUAUCAUCGAUUAAGAGAGAAGAAGCGAAUGCGCGUGAGAGACAACGAAUUCAGCAGUUGGGUGCCAUGUUCAAUAUCCUUCGAUCUGUAUUGCCCAUAGAGGACAACAUGAAAAUUCCUAAACAAGCUAUAUUAAAGAUAGCCUGUGCUUAUAUUUCUUAUUUAAACGGUAUUAUUAACAACAUCGAGGAUGUGACUUCGGAAGCUAGAGCUCGAUUACACAACGAGCUUUCAACCUUAUCCAAACGUUGA